AUGGCCGAGUCUCCACGUAGCAUUUUAUCGUGGCUACGGCGCUGUCGUCGCGAUGAGUUGUCUGUAGACCGUGUAUUGGAGUCUAUUCACUCCAUCUAUGGCGUUAUUCCUCUUGGUGGAUGUAUGGAUAGCACAGACGGCGUGACUCUGCCUGCGACGUCUAAAAGGUCAGUUCUGACGCUGUUUUCUGCUUCCAAAAACGCUCUUCUUGAGCAUAAAUCAGGCACAACCAAGGACGAGACGAAUGACUGGACAUUAUUACUAAGAAGCGUCCAAUUACCGUCGAAAUCGGAUCAGCAGGAGCUUCAACAAGCUCUCGAGAUGCUUCAAGACGAGGAGAAAAACGAGAAAAAGCCGCUUUCGAUUGAAACUUUACGACAAAAAUUCUUUACAAUGAGACGACUUUAUUUUGAAGUUCGUAUUGAACUUUUGCGCGUCGCUAGAGACGCUCAACAUCCCUCUAAUCAAGCAGCUCAAGAGAUUGUCCAGGAGCUAUUGAAAGAGGGACUACAGGACGUUUUAUUGGAUGAAAUGCAUAGUCGACAAUUUUAUGAUUUACCAGUAAUAAAUGGGGUUGGACGAGCAGAAAACAAAGCUCUGGAAGCUUGGGAAUUGCAAUUUCUGGAAGAGGAGACACUAUUGCGAGAGUUGUUAUUGCUGACUCUUGUGGUGACGACAGAGAAAAAGACGACAUUAUAUUGUGCUGUCAAGAUUGCCAAGACGGUGCAAAACUGGGAAACUCGGAUACGAAAUGAAGUUUUUACGGCCAAUACACUGGCGAUGCCUAAGGCACAACAAUUGAUAAGAAAAUUGACGCAGAUUGGAGUGCUAGUGGCACUGAAAUUACUUUAUAAUAUUGAAGAUACACUGGAUUAUGAAGAUUUACGACAAGUGACAAAGAACUUUUUUUUGACAGAGUCAAGUGGACUUUUAAGUGGUGAAUUGGUGACGUCGUCGGUGCCGGGUGUACUGUUGCUGGCUUGGGCUGCAGUGCUGGGUCGACAAUACCGUAAAAUGACAGAAUGUAACCGGAAGAGUGAAGAAAUAAGGGAAUUGAAGAGUAUGUUGGAGACGACAUUGGCGGCAGCAGAGCGACUGCAUAGCUUUUAUUAUUUACACUCACUGUUGUGCUCGUUAAUAUUUUCCAUUGAUAAAACGGAUUCCAGCAAGAUGGAACGGAAACCAUUUUUGCUGCCAAUGAGCGUUCAUGCGAAGACGUUGUGGGAAUUACCCAAUGUUCCUGCCUUUGCGGGCCUAUGUGGUGCAAACACGACUUUGUCGCAGCAGCUGAUCGGCUCUAACAGUGCAUUUGUCUAUCAGGACGUGGUAGCAGAGUUUUUGAAUGAUAUGCUGUCGUCACUAGGUUACAUGGACAACAUUGAUGGGGUGCAACAGCUGCACGCGAUGGUAAAGUUUGUACUGCCUGCUGUUUCGAACGUUCGUGUAGCCAAACAGAUUCUUGGGAUUGACAUGGAGGAGAGCAACAUGGUGGACAUCAUGAAUAGCGGAGAAAUAGCUGCGCUUCGCAUCCUACUGACGAAAACUCGGGUUUACUUGCCGCACAGUCUGCUGCCUUGCGUUCAAAUGUUUACGGCGUUAUGCUACAACGAUCAAAAUUAUACGUCACCAAGUGUGAUUCGGCAGGUACUCAAGUAUUUUAGCUCGCCGCGUGCUGGACUAGAAGGAGAAACGACCACUGGUGUUUUUUGUCGUCCAUUGCCACCGACAGAGUAUUUUGCUGAGAUUCAGGACGAGCCUGAUCAAUUGCAAUGCACGCGUGCUUUCGCUUACGACGAUGCAGAUGGGCGUUUAGUGGUGCCUGUAGGAACUGUCGGUAUGAUCGUGGGCUCUAGUGACGUUGUACAGGUGAAGUGGCUACUUUCGGACAGUAAUGAAGGGAAGAACGCGUUUUCCUUGUGGGAUUUGCUUUUUCUAAACGCGGACAGAUUUGUGGCAGGUCUUCAGUCCGGUUCUUUUGCAGAUCUGCAUCGCACAAACUCAGAAGAUAUGCAUGUUCUCACGUCAUUUUUCGAAUUUAUCGUGCAGCUAGGUCAGGGCCAGGAUGGUGAACAGUUUGCGGUGAAGGAGAUGACUCGCCGUUGGGGCGAGGCGAGACUGCGUCAUUGGUGGGUUGCUCAUCAACUUCCUUCACCAGAAGUGUACGUAUCUCAGCUCUUGAGGCAAAAAAUUGCCCUUCCUACUCUGCUUUUGGCAUCAAGGGAAAACUUGGUGUCCUGGAGAAUCAGAGAUCGUUACAUACGGGAACAAAUUUUGGUGCAGAUUGGAGACACGAAGAGUCUCGGAAGCGGAAACACUAAGAUGGCACUUAAUUCGACGAGUACAAUGACUUCGUAUAGUGUGGAUGGAGGCAUUCAUUUGUUGCGUCUAUUACUGGGAGUGCUAGACGGAUUUUUGCAUAAAUUUUCAAGGGAUACUGACAAUGACGCCAUGAAAGGUCAAAGCGCUGGUUUUGCGAUGCAUCUGCAUCUUGUUGCGGCUUCUUUCAUUGCUCUACGGACGAUUUUAGCCACCACAAGUGGGGUGGAGCUGUUGAUGAAUUCUUCACUUGGUGGUGGGCAAGAAGAGUGCAUAAACUUGAUUGUUAAAAGCGCUAAGAAAUUUUUUGAGGUGCAGGAGCGAUUGACAGGAGAGUACCCUGUCGUAUUGGCAACGCAAGACAUUUUUAUGAGCGUGGUACGGUGGUUUUUAUCGAAAGAGGUACAAUUGCUUGCAAAUCUUUCCAAAAGCGAAGAUAAGUUAUUUUCUCGUGAAUUUGUUGCAAGUGAAAGACUUUGGUAUGUCAGCGCAGCGGAAUUUGCGAUUGAAGUAUUGUCAACCCACGAAGGUUGGAAAUUUGUGACCACUACCGAUCGAUGUGAGGUCAAGGAACGAUGCUUCCGCUUGCUCUACGUGCUGGUGCUUCCUCGCAAAUGCACCCAGAAGCGCAAUGACAUGGUACUAGCAUUCAAGUCUGCUUUGCGUGGGACACUCGCCACGGACAUGCCGUUGCUUAUAAAGCUGUUACGUUCAUCAUGUGCCGUGCUGUCGCCUAUGAAAGGCCACAGGGGUCACUGGAACAGAUAUUCGUUAGCUGACAACAAUGAAGAUAGCGAAGUGUCAAGCAUUAACGUUGAAAGUCACAAGGAACGCUUUCCAUUGAAGUACAAGAGCGAAAUUGACAGAGAUGGGGAUAACAUGAUGCAGCUUGAAUCGCUAGUGACAACGUGUUUGCGAUUGGUAGCGUUUCUCAUUACGAGCCAUAGUAACGUGGUGGAUGCACCGGCUGCGCGAAAGAUUUUGCUGGCGCCAAUUUACGGUGGCGGUUCUAAAGAGCGCAAUCUGCUAACAAUUGUUACACUUUGCGGGGGAUAUCUAGAGUAUUCAUUGGAAAAGGCGCCUGGUAUUGUGUACUGGUCCUUGCAGAUUUUGCAGCAUGCCGCUGUUGCGCUAGACUACCAUGAGGAACGAGAGAGUCGCAACCUUUCUUCGAUGCACUCCCUGAUUGCACUUUUCCAUGGAUAUCAAGACCUUGAUGUUGUUCGUGGGAAAUUUGCGCAUCUACUACAAGUAUCAUCGACGCACCAGUCGGCAUUGCGAAAAGAAGUUAUUGAAUUCCUGACACUGUGUCUGGAGCACCAGCCAGGCUUUUUGGCGUUGCUACUCUUCGGCGAAGAAAGGGCAGAAGGCUCCAAGUCAGAAGACACCACGAAAGAAAAGGUGGAGGGAGACCCGUUUUCUUUCGUGACAUUAUUGGAACGCUUUUUCGAGUCUUCUGAAAGGCUCCUAGAGCAAGCCUCGGAUCUUCUCUGCGCCUUACUGGCGUUCCUUGUGCAGGUAUGGAAAGGUGCGAUUCAACACCGUCUUGUCAUUCAUCUUAAGAUUAUGACAGCCCUGCGUGCGCGUCCCGCAUUCUGGUUAAAUGUGACACGUGCCCUGAAGAUUCAUAUGUCAUUAAACUCGGUAGAGGAACGUGGGCUUCUGGAUAUGGAACUUGCUGCUGCCACUGCUGAAGGAGUGGGGAAUUUGCAGAGUCCGUCUAACUUGUCGGAAGUGUACAUUGGGCGGUCAAGUGCGUACGGAUAUAUGGCUCGUAGUCUAAUUCUUCAGUUAGUGUCAUACGAGUGGCACGAUCAAGUUUCAAAACAAAAAGAUCAUCCGCUAGUGGAUGUGCUGAAAUCUUUCGGGAAGGAGGGGCUCUUUUCGCAUUGGUCACGCACUUUUACUCACUUGGACUAUUCGCCGGCACAGUUAGAGCUGUACGCGUCGUCUAUCGAUUUGAACAUGCUCACAACGAACCUUCUCAGUGAUAUUUCGGCUCGUGGUAUUUCAAUGUACAUUGAAGGUCUCAUAUGUAACACUAGCACACUUAAAUGGCAACUCAGCGCAGGUGGCGAUUUCAGGCUGGAAGCUUCUCCAGCGGAUGUCCGCAUGUUGAAAUUAGGUCAGUGGAGUAAUUUGCAGGCCGCCUAUCUUCACGCGCAGCUCUUUCUCUUAUCCAAGUGGAAGGUAUUUAUGAUGGAGCUGUGUUGCCUGCAAACGAGUGGAGCUGCUCAUAGUACACCUGAUGUUGACACGUCAAGCGAAUUGACGACCUUGCGGCAGUCGAAAAGAAAAGAUUCGACGAUCUUGUCGCCUCCUCGCAACAGCGGAACGGAUAGUACGCCGAGUAUGGGUGCUACUUCGAGAGAGCAAUUAACUGCAUCUGCGUCUUCUACAUCUACCUCUGAAAGUACGCCUGCGCUACCAUCUUCACUUAUUUUUGGUGAUCGGACAUCAUUCGAAAUGAUCCGAGUCGUUGCGGACGUUAUCAAGGCAAGAGUGAAUCAGCACGAAAAUCAGGACCAAGUUCUUGACUACUUCGUGUUGCUACAUCUUCACGAUCUAGUGCAGCUUCUGGUUUCAAUGUUGCAGCAUCAGUUGUGUCUAGUCGUACGCAAGACACGUGACCCCAAGUUAUCUCAGACUCGACAACAUCUUAAUGGGUCUAGCGCGGAGCCCAAUUUUGCAUGUGAUGCCGGUGCAACAUUUGAGUUAUUAGCUGUCGUUGAGAAGGCAAUUAGUGCAGUGCACGAUUCAAUGGAUCAAAUUGUGUGCAAGGUGGAUCUCGUGGGGCUUGGCGCCAAGAGUCAUCUCAUGUCUGCUCCUUCAAUUAAGCUUACUUUUAUGCCAUUAAUUUCUCACCUGGUGACGGACUACACGCAGAGGGUGGAAUCAGUAACCGGUGGAUUGCUCACGUCACUUUUCACAGCGGCGUUACUGCUGAUGCGUCACUUGAGUAAGAUUAACAACCACAAAAAUGUCGCGAACAAAAAUGUCGAGCUGGAAAGUAUUUCGCCACCUAAGUCCCUCUUGCAGAUGAAGUUAAUUGGACGGUGCAUGAACGUCAUUGCUUCGUGUGAUGAUAAUCAGCCGCAGUUGAUGACGUCUUCUCGAACUCUGUUUCAACUAAGCCGGUGUCUGUUUCAGGAAGUUCUCGACAGCUUUAUCAGUGUCGAUGCUUCCGUUUCAAGUAUUAUAAAGCUACGCACAUAUAACGUACUGCAGCUGAAUCCGUUAGUCAAAAAGCUGGAGCAUGAAGAGCAUGGAAUAGGUGCUCUCUUUCACCUGUUGGUGCAACGCUUCCGUCUUUCACAAUACGACAAGGAAGUGACCGCGAAACAAGAAGAGGCAUGCCAGACUCUCCGAGGUCUAGUUGCGGUUGUAUGGAACCCAACGAACUCUGAAUUAUGUCAGCGUACUAUGCUUAAGGGAAAGAGCAGCUCUUAUCCAGCAUCUCGUCUUCGUUUGAUAUCGAUACUUGCGACACAGUUGUUGCCGCUACUGCAGACUCAGAUGGAGCGCGAAGAAGCUAUUACAAAAUUGCGUGGCUACAAGCUGUCAGUACGUGAUAGUAACGAGACGGACCAUACUAAAGAAAAGGAAAAUUUGGAACGCUCGAUUGCGCACCAAAUGUGGUGCCUCGUGCUCGACUUUGUGGGCGGCUUGGUGCGUCUACAAGCAAAUUUAACAGGUAUUGCGUCUGAUGACGUGGACGUAUGGGGUUUUAUGUCGAGUGCUGAACCGCUAUUGCUCUCGGCUGUGGAACCUGGCAUUUGCCAGCGUCUAACAGCCGCUACUAUUGCAGAGCACCAAGCAUUGCUGCGGCUGCUGAAUGCUUUGAGCGGAACUGCGACACGACGAAAGCGUUGGCGCGAAGCGUUUCCGACAAAUUGUGUCGUUCUCAUGGAGCAUAGUCGUCAGCUGCUUUGGCGUGCAUGCGUGCUGCUGGGCAGCUCAUCAGUCGAGAAUGGUCGAUUACGUGCAGAGAGAAUGCAGAAGGAAAAGCGCGACAAAUCGGUGAGCCAAGCAAUUAUGGGCUUUGGUGCAAGUCGCACUUCCAAAUCACCGCAAUCACCUCGAUCGCCGUCGGCCUUUACGUAUGCGCACCAGACGUUACUUUAUGAUCACUUGCAGGCCGUGGAAGACGAUGAGAAACGGAAGCUUGCAGAAUUUCAUCGAGAGCUGGAGACUGAGCUAGUGGUCGUUGUGCAAUUGGCGAGCUCGCUGCUAAUCAAGUGGACCGCUUCAUUAGCCGACCGUAACGUUGUCCUAGUUGUUGAUGGAGUACGACGUGUGGAUGAAGAGCAACUUGUGCCCUUGCUCGCGUUGAUUCCACCCAGCGAGGCACGAUCCAUGAAUAGCAGCCCUGGCGUAGGCCAUUUGUGUCUUGCUAUGGAUUUCGUACUCGACCAAUUGUUGGCAGAAGAGGACUCGCUACUAAAGCCACACACAACGGGAAUGAAAACAGUGUUGGUGAACGCAAUCAACGCGUGUGCACUGCUGUUCUUAAAGACGUUUCUAUUGUAUUUUGAGCAGUACGAGCUAGUCAAGCGUGAUUAUGAUGAGCUCAACAGAUUUUUUCGCCAGUUCAAUGCCCGAUUAUCUAAAGAUGACACCGGGUCCAGUGUUGGCGUGGACGUGGAGUUGAUUCAGCACAUUAGCAAGGUAUGUUUACGUUGA